AUGAUUAGAACCUCCUCUCUGCUCACGUGUAUGGAGGACUCACAGCUCACCGCGUCGUACUUUGACGUUAUCUUCUACCCAGACAACUCCACCGUCGUAUACGAUAUCAACGCAGUCACCACGAUCUCCGGCUACGUGAUGGGUAAAGUGACGUUGAUCGUUUAUGGGUUGAAUGUGCUUGAGGAGAACAUCGACCUGUGUGAUCUCGGGUUUGAUGAGCUGUGUCCGCUACAGGAAGGUGCCGGGCGUAUCGAGAUCUCCUCGUCCACGGAGAUCUCAAACUCGAUCACUGACCGGAUCCCUGGUGUUGCUUACACCGUGCCUGACCUGGAUGCCCGUGUCAGAGUUGUGGCUUACUCCCAGAACGAUACCAACACCCCAUUGGCCUGUGUGGAGGCGGUUCUCACCAACGGGAAAACGGUCCAGACAAAGUACGCUGCUUGGCCCAUCGCAGCCAUCUCCGGUGCAGGGUUGAUCAUGUCUGGAGUGAUCUCGAUCAUCGGACACUCUAACACAGCUGCGCAUAUCGCCUCCAACUCGAUUUCGCUCUUUGUCUACUUCCAGAACGUUGCGAUCACAUCGAUGAUGGCCGUGGCCCGUGUGCCACCAAUCGCCGCUGCCUGGGCCCAGAACUUCCAGUGGUCAAUGGGCAUCUUCAACGCUCAGUUCAUGCAGACCGCAAUCAAGUGGUACGUCCAGGCCACCGGCGGUACUUCCACAGUGGUUGUGGAAAACAAGGACUUGUUGUCCAUCUCAGUGCAGAAGAGAGAGUUCAUCGACGCAGUGGCUUACUACGCCCCAAAGAUCGUGAACCAUUUCGUCAAGAGGGCAGAUUUCAACUUUGACGAUAGUCUUAACGAUGACACCUUAUACACAACUGACGAGCGUAACACUGACGACCUGACCUCGAAGACCUUGGUGCUGAGAGGUAUCCAGAGAGUUUCGUACCUCGCUGACAUUGAAAUCUCAAACUUCUUCCUGACAGGUAUCGUGUUCUUCCUCUUCUUCGUGUUUGUCGUGUUGAUCUGUGUCAUGUCGUUCAAGGCAAUCAUCGAGCUCUGCAUCAGAUCAAACGUCAUGAAACAACACAGGUUCCCUGAUUUUAGACAACACUGGUCCACCAUCAUCAAAGGUAUCCUAUUUAGACUGGCACUUGUGGCAUUCCCACAGAUCUCCCUUCUCUGUCUCUGGGAGUUCACACAGCGUGAUUCCUCGGCUGUGGUUGUUGUCGCUGUGUUCCUGCUAGUCAUUGAAUGUGGAUUGCUACUGUACGGUACCACCAUGGUUAUCAUCAUUGGUAGAAAGUCUACAAAGAUGUAUAAGACUGCCGCAUACCUCUUGUACGGAGAUGCAAAGACGUUGAACAGAUUUGGAUUCCUCUACGUUCCGUUCCAGUCUGAAUACUAUUGGUGGUUAGUUCCAAUGCUAACGUAUCUAUUCCUGCGUUCGAUCUUUGUUGCUCUGAUGCAAGAGGUUGGAGAGGCACAGGCAAUGUGUGUCUUCAUCACUGAACUGUUGUACUUUGCUGCGCUAUGCUGGAAGAGACCAUAUAUGGACAAGAGAACAAACGCGUUCAACAUCAUUGUCCACCUGUUGAACUUGGUGAAUUCUAUUAUCUUCUUGUUCUUUUCAACCAUCUUUGGCCAACCACAGGUGGUUUCAUCCGUGUCUGCUGUUGUAUUCUUUGUCAUCAAUGCUGCUUUCGCCUUGUUCUUGUUGAUCUUCACCAUUGUUACAUGUGCAUUGGCUGUGAUCUACAAGAACCCAGAUACGAGAUACCAGCCAAUGAAGGAUGACCGUGUGUCAUUCAUUCCACGUACAACUGCACUGGAGAAAGGCGACAAGCAAGACACUGAGCUAUUGGCUCUUGGUGAAUCUGUAAUGAACGGACAAAAACCACAGCAGCUACAACUUCAGGAAACCAUUUCUGACGACGAAUCUUCAUCUUACAAGUACCCAAGAGAAUUCCUCUCGAGAUCUCGUGCAGAUUCUAUACAGAGUGGCCAACAAGUCCAGCCAGCAAGCACCGUUUAUGGUACGCAAGGAUUGUCGAAGCCUGGUGUUUCAUUCAUGACUGAUACCUCAUACCACGGAAACUCAAGUCUCUUCAACGAUGAAUCCACCUCGACAUAUUCAAACACAGUUAGCAAUCCAUUUGAAAACCCAUAUGCCAAGGCAAGACAACAGAAUAACGGGAACAAGUUCUAG